AAAUGUCUUGAAAAUGCUGGUGGAGGUGCUGGUGGUGUGUGUGGGUGCUUGUGCGCUGCGGAGAGAGAGGGGAGGAUUUGGGGCGCCGGAGAUCUCCGGUUUCCCCAAACAAUAGUCGAGAGGACGCGAUGGUCGCCUUCUUUUUCUUUUUUUUUAAACCGCAGGGAAGUUUAGGACCCUCGUUGGCCCUAUUGUUGUUCUCACCGAGGCCACGUAGCUCUCCGGACUGAUUUUAAACGUGGGAGGAGGAUUGUUGUGUUUAGAAACGUUACUAGAGGAUUUAAAAAGGAUUCUGGGAAGUGAUGCGUCUGGAAGGAACAAGCGCGUCCAGUUUGAUCCUAGGCCGGAGGUUUUUGAAUUUUCUCCCUGGUGGAGGACUGCUGGGGAUUUGAGUGCGUCCAUUCAUUUGCUGUGAGGGCGUCCCGUUUGGAAAAGGAAAGGGAGAAGAAAGGGGAACGAGCAUUUGGAUAAUUUGGCAUCAGGACGCGACCAGUGGGGCCUGGGAGUCUCCCAUUGUCCUGCCUUUCUCCAACACCCUCCUUUUUGAUUUUGUAGGUCGCUCAACUCUUUAUAUUCGCCCUAAAUGCUCCCGGCUCCUCGCAAGCACGGCCACCUCAGCUCUCCCCUGCUGCGACUCUCCUACCCGCCAUCCUCUCCCACCCCUCUUCCUCCUUUUCUCCUCCUCUCUGUAGCCUCCCCCGCUCUCCCGCCUCCCUUCUCCUGCUCCCUCCUCAUCGGCCUCCAAGAUAGAUUCCCUCAGGAGUAAGGUUGACCUGCUCAAGCUGCCCCUGGCUCUCUCCACCAAGUCCAUCUCCGAGCGCAAGAGCCAGCUGGGAGGAGUCGGCGAGCAGCGCGGCACGGGGGGAGGAGGAGGAGGCGGGGCUCGUAAAGCCCGCUCACCACUGACCCGAGACAUGGACAACGAGUCGCAGUACUCAGGCUACUCUUACAAGUCCUCCCAUUCUCGAAGCUCCCGCAAGCACAGGGAUCGGAGGGAUCGUCAUCGCUCUAAGAGCAGAGACAGCAGCAGUCGCGGAGAUAAAUCGGUCACCAUCCAAACUCCUGGAGAACCGCUGCUCGACGCAGAGUCGACCCGCGGAGAUGACAGGGAUGAUAACUGGGGAGAGACCACCACAGUCGUCACUGGCACCUCAGAGCACAGCAUCUCAAACGAGGACCUGACCCGCGUCACCAAAGAUUUGGAGGAGUCGACUCCUCUGGAGUGCAAGCGCUUUGUUGGCCCGGCUCUGGGAGGCUGCCUGAGCUUCUUCGCCCUCGUCACGCCUUUAGCCUUCCUCAUCCUCCCGCAGGUCCUGUGGCGUGACGCCCUCGAGCCCUGCGGCACGCCCUGCGAAGGCCUCUACGUCUCCCUGGCCUUCAAGCUCCUGGUCCUGCUCAUCUCCUCCUGGGCACUGUUCCUCCGCCCUCCUCGCGCCACCCUGCCGCGCUUCUUCGUCUUCCGCUGCUUGCUGAUGGUGCUGGUGUUCCUGUUCGUGGCGUCGUACUGGUUGUUCUACGGCGUGCGGGUGCUGGAGCCCAGGGAGAGGGACUACAGGGGGAUUGUGGAGUACGCUGCCUCGCUGGUGGACGCCCUGCUCUUCAUCCAGUACCUGGCUCUGGUGCUGCUGGAGGUCCGACACCUGCAGCCGGCCUUCUGCCUUAAGGUGGUCCGGAGCACGGACGGAGCCAGCAAGUUCUACAACGUGGGCCACCUCAGUAUCCAGCGGGCAGCUGUCUGGGUGUUGGACCGUUAUUACAACGACUUCCCCGUCUACAACCCUGCCCUGCUCAACCUGCCCAAAUCCAUCCUGUCCAAGAAGAUGACUGGCUUCAAGGUUUACUCCCUGGAUGAGAACACCACCAACAACUCCACGGGUCAGUCCAGGGCCAUGAUCGCAGCCGCUGCCAGGAGGAGAGACAACUCCCACAACGAGUAUUACUACGAGGAGGCUGAGAUGGACCGCAGGGUCCGCAAACGCAAGGCCAGGUUGGUCGUGGCGGUGGAAGAGGCCUUCACACACAUCAAGCGUCUCCACGAGGACGAGGUCGCCUCGUCCCCCAAACACCCGAGAGAAGUGAUGGACCCUCGGGAGGCGGCUCAGGCCAUCUUCGCUCCGAUGGCCCGGGCUAUGCAGAAAUACCUGAGGACCACCCGUCAGCAGGCGUUCCACAGCAUGGAGAGCAUCCUCACACACCUGCAGUUCUGCAUCACACAUAACAUGACGCCCAAGGCUUUCCUGGAGCGUUACCUCACCCCAGGUCCCACCAUGCAGUACCAGCAGCAGAACGGCAGGGGGCGCCAGUGGACUCUGGUGAGCGAGGAGCCGGUGACCUCAGCCCUGCGUCAGGGUCUGGUUUUCUCCCUGCGGCGCCUGGACUUCUCCCUGGUGGUCACGGUGACGCCGCUCCCCUUCCUGCGGCUCGGUGAGGAGUUCAUCGACCCAAAGAGCCACAAGUUCGUCAUGAGGCUGCAGUCGGAGACCUCGGUGUGAGGGCAUCUCCCAAAGCACCGUCUCCCCUCCCGCUGUCCUCUCCGUUCGUGCUCGCUCCUGCUGGAUCACUGAUGUGCGGGACACGUGGAGGCCUUGUCCAGUUUCCCCUGUCUGUGACACAGAAACCAUUCAAGGAGAGGAGCGUUACGUAUCUGACACCUCCUCCUGUUUUCUGAUCAUCACAGAUGCUCUGAUAUCAAACUGUGAUCAGCUCAACGAUUGUCUAAACCUGGAAAUAAACGGAUGCCUUGACUUUUUCUUUUUCCGUGUUGUCAAGUCUUUGUCUUUACAACACGCUGUAAAAAAUCCCUUUUUUGUAAAAGGGGACUUUUUGGUUUUUUGCCUUUUUCUUUUCACUGUAACCACUGGACUACUUUACUGUGCUGACUCAACACAUGAACACCAGAGGAGGGGAUUACAUCACAUUUGUCACUUCCUCUGUCUUGUCUCAGACCAAUUGGAGCUCAGCUCUGACUGCAACGCUGAUGUACCACUGCCUUUCAGUUCCCUGUCGGUGUAUUUGUUUGACAUGACAAGGUCUGGUUUUAUAUUAGAGGGUGUGACUUUUUUUUUGUACUCACAGAAUGUAGCAUUAUGUGCAUUGAUUUAACACAUUACUUUUCUGUGGCCUCAAGGCCAACCUAUCUUUUUAUCUGACUGUAAAGAAAAAUGGAAGUACAUUCCUACAUUGUUGCUACUCCAGACUCUGUAUGUUCAUGAUUGUCUACAUAUGCAGCUUUAGUUUUAUUCUACACUGGCAUUUUUACUCUUAAUGUUACAGUUUUAACAGGAAAUCUAAACAUAGAUCCCGUUUACACCUGAUAUUAACAUAUGAGGAUGGUCUGGUGUUACUGUUUCUGUCUACAAAUCCCAUAAAAUAGCAGAAAACCAACAAUACAUUAGUGUUGUUAGACUUCUGUACCCUGUCUGUGACACUCAGAAGUCCAGUCAUUCCUGUUGUAGAUAUAACUCUUUAAAAACAGCUCACAAACAUGUUUUUUGUUUUGUAAAAAAGGGUUAGUGAUGUGCUGUUUUUUUACAUUUUUGAAGCUCUGUUACACAGUGGAAUAAGUUAUCAGACAAUAGAAGGAUCAAUUCAUUGUUGGUUUUGUUCUUUUGGGAAUUUGUUGACAAUAAGAAAAAUAUUUGUAGAGCUUUGAUGUUCGUCCUAUUAAAACAGCUGUCAGACAAAAAUAUUCUCAACCCAGGGUCUAACUUACAUGUUGUUUCUAAAGCUUUCAGCCACAUCUCAUGGCCUUCCUCUGCGGAUAUAAUUGAUCGGUUGUCAUAGUGAAACAUCUAGAGGAUUGAUCAGCUAGUAGAUUGGCAGAAAAUUCUAAUUUAAAUUAAAUUGGACUCUGGGAAACUGGGAUGGAGAUUUUAUUUUAUUUAUGGACAUUUUAUUCAACAAACAAAUUAUUGAUUACUCAAGACAAUAAUUGGCAGAUUAAUCAAUACGAAAAUAAUCAUUAGUUGCAGUGUUGCUGACGUUUUAGUUGUGGAGGAGGAGGAGGCCAUCCACUUGUGACACCACAGAGACAGGGGUUACAGCCUCCCUCCAUCUACAACCACCUGUAAAGUAAACCAGCUCCACCUGCUGAGGGAGAUGUGGUUGACAGCUUUGGAAAAUUUCUGUAGUUGGAGUUUUUGUCAAGUGAAAGAAGAACAAGGCAUACAGCAGCUUAACUUUCAUUCACCUCCACAUGUUGUCAUUUCCCCUUAACUUAAUAUAAUGAUGAAUAUUAAUGAUAAAAGUAAAUGCAAGAUGUCUUAAUUACCAAAUGGUUUUCACACAGCCCAGUAAACCAGAUUAUGAAUGCAGACACAAGUAGUAUUUUAAUGCCAGGUGUAAACAGGGGAUAUUCUACACUUUUUAACAUUACACCGUACUAAACAGGCAGCUGUAGUUAAACUAUGAGCUGACUUAUUAUGGUUUUCAUUUUGUUUUUAUGCAU